UGACCGAUUCGGUGAUAUUGCCAAAGGGACACUAAAGGGAAAGCAAAUCACCAUUCUAAAGCCUAAUACUUACAUGAAUCUCAGCGGAAAGGCAGUGCGUUUUUGGAUGAAUCAACUACAAAUCCCUAUCGAACAAGUAUUUAUUAUGGUGGAUGACCUUGCCUUACCUUUUGGUACAUUAAGAGUGCGUUCAAGUGGCAGCGAUGCAGGACAUAAUGGGUUAAAAAGUAUGCAAGCAGAGUUAGGCACUACUGCUUAUCCAAGAUUGCGUUUUGGUGUCGGAAAUGAUUUUCCAAAAGGGAAGCAGGUAGAAUACGUACUGGGAAGGUGGACUUCCGAACAAGAAACCGCACUCCCACUCAAGUUGGAAAAAUGUACAGAAAUCAUACAAUCAUUCUGUUUGGCAGGUAUUCAGAUAACCAUGAACCAAUUUAAUAAUCAGAAUUAUGCCGCUCAUGCCGCAGAAUUAAAAAACGAAAUCCCUACAGAACCGGUGGUUUUCAUGAAGCCGAUUUCAGCAUUAUUAAAAGGGAAUCAGCCUUUAUAUUACCCUUCUUUUACACAAAAUCUUCAUUAUGAAGGCGAAAUAGUCCUUAGAAUUGGCAAAAAUGGCAAGAAAAUCCAGGAAAAAUUCGCCAUGACUUAUAUCGAUGCUAUUACCCUUGGAUUUGAUUUUACCGCACGUGAUAUUCAAGAUAAGCUAAAGGCUAAAGGUUUACCUUGGGAGAUUGCUAAAGGCUUCGACGGUUCAGCAGCCAUU